AUGGUCACUAUCCUGUCUUCGCCGCAGAUCGCGGCGGCAGCGUGGAGUAGCGACGAGGGGGAUCAUAGCACAUUGUCGCCUGUCGCCCGAGAUAACGCCGCAGUCCAGGAACUGGACCACUCCUUUGGCUCGUCCAUGUCUAUCAGCUCGCUCGACAGUCCGGAGCGCGCGGCCGAGCGACGGGCCACGCUGGCGGUACUUGCCGAAGAUCCAUUCGGUGCCUGCGACACUGCACUAUGGCCAGCGAACAAACCCAUGCUGAAUAUCCUAGCCAAGAGCUCGCCGCAUGCAAUGGAGAUUAGCUCGCCGGCUGCGCCAGAGCUUGGCUCGCGUGCAUCCCAAGACAUUAUCGCUUGUGCACAGCGCCGCGUGGCCUGUGUACGGCGCAGCGCUACUCUGCACACAUCCAUGUCUUUGCUCCGUACAAUGUCAUCGGCCGACCCCGCAUGUGAGCAGGACUCUAGUCCUACAGAUGGCCCGCCUGCCAAGCGGCGCCUUUCGACGUUUCGCACGGUGCAGGACGUGUCGUUUGGGUGCGGUGACAGCGAGCGAGUUAGCCGCGAUGCAGGUCCGUCCAGCAGCCGUCAUACCCGCUCCAGAAGCACCGCGCUUUGCUGGUCGCAUCCCGAAAUCUCGCCGUUGUGCUCCUCGCGGAAGAUUGCGCCGACUGUGACGUUAUCCCCUGCUGCAGAGGUAAGCGGCGAUGCCUCUUGGCUGCUGCAUGCAGAGCCGAGCAAGCGUGCGUGUUUGGUAAGUUCGCAUCCCGCUGCCUCGCCCGGCGGUAUGGCCGGGUAUUUUUUUGAUCCCCAGUCGCCGCAAUACACAGCCAGCGUCGCGCCGCCCACCCCGUGUUUUUCCCGCCCAUUCUCCCCGCCGCGCUCGCCGUGCUCGCCGAUGCACAACGCCACGUUGCUUGCACCUUCUCCCAUAAUUGCGUGCCGGUCUGACGUGUAUAAGGACCCAGCGCGCCCGCCCAUUGUUGAAAUGGACGGAGUUAUGAUGGAUGCACCCCAUGAUCCGCAGCGUGGAUCGCCGGUGCGUGCGUCUGCGCGGCGUCGCACGCCUGGUUUUGCGCUGCGGCGCACACAAACGUCUUUGCCAAACAACAAGGAAAACGUGAUGCCAAGUGCGCCUUUGCCGGCGCGCUCGCUGUCUCCGGUGCUCCCUGGGUUUGGCACGUUUGAGAUGGACAAAAAAGCACUCCCGUGCUUCCCUGUAAAGAGCGAUGGGCUGAUGCGCAUUUCGCCCACCACCCUGCGGACGCUGCUUCAGGGCGGUUUUGAGGACCGUGUCAGAGGAUACCAGGUGGUCGACUGUCGCUUCCCGUACGAGCACCAAGGCGGGCACAUUCCCGGCGCCAUUAAUAUGAGCACGGUAGAGCAUGUUCAGCGCCACUUUUUGACGCCUGGCUACGGAAUGCAUGCCGCGAAUCCCAUGCCGAUGCGGACUCAAAGUGGCAUGCCGGAUUGCCACGGCGAUACGCGCAAAUUUGUCCUCAUCUUUCACUGUGAAUUUAGCUGGAAACGCGCGCCGUCGUUGGCGCUCGCACUCCGCCAAAUCGAUCGGGCGAUGGGAUGCGACUACCCGAAAUGCCACUUUCCCGACGUCUACAUUCUCCAGGGAGGCUACGCAGACUUUUACAAGACGUAUCCGGACGUGUGCGAGCCAAGCGCAUACGUUCCUAUGGACGACCCACGCUACGUCCGCGAUCGAAGUGCAGAACUGACUGGGUUCCGCAGGCAGUUUUCGCGGAAUCGCAGCUUUGCGUACGGCGACGAACACUUUUCUGCCCUGUCCGUGCUCAGCAGCCGACCCAAUUUUUCCUCGACCUUGUUCCGUGCAGAGCAGCAACAGCCCGUCGCUGCGCAGGCCGCACCGCUGACCGAAGAGCCAAACACGCUUGAUGUGCCGAAUGCUGCGCGCGAUACGAGUUUUAGCAGUGCCGGUGACUCGUCGUUCGAGGGCGAUGUGUCGUAUUCACCGUGUGCCGCUGCGGAAUUCCGCCGCCCGGCGCAGCUUCCUGACCUGCCGCAUGCCCGUCCGUUUGUACGGCGUGCCUUGUUGCGUGCGGAAACCACGCCGAAUGCGGUACGUUCCGCUUCCCAUGUCCCUAGUGUAUGA